GGACCCCCCCCCUCCAUGACCACAGCAGCCUGCUUUUUUAAAACAACAACAACGUCGCCCCCCCCUCGAAACAGCCGCUCCCCCCCCACAAAGUACCUGCUCCCGAGCCAGAGACAAGACCAAGCAAAGCAGGACCCCCCCCCGCCUCCCCCCGGCCCAGGGGCGCCGCUCGGGGGUCUUCCUCCGCCCGCCCCGCCCGCCCUGCCUCCGGUUCCCUUCCGGGCUCCCGGCAGCUCCAGCUCGGCGCGCGCGGGGCGGGGCGGCUCUCUCCCCCCUCCCGCUCCCAUUCAUUUGCUCAGCCCCGAGAGGAGCGGGACGCUGCCGCCGCCUCCACCUCCGCCUCUCUCGCGUCCCGCACGGACGGCGGCGCAGCUGCAGAACUCUGAAUCCCUCGAUAUUUAUAUCCAGAAUACACUUUCCUCUCUAUAUCCACCUUUUGAGGCCACAGCUGCUACUGUUCUGUGGCAGCUUUUCAGCAUUGUUGAAAAGUUUUAUCACGGAGAUGGUCUCAGAUGUCUAAUUGAUUUUCUUGUUCCUGCCAAGAGAGUCUUACAGUGUAUCCAACGGGAAACCUGUAGCAAUUAUACCGGCCUUAUUUUUUACCAUGAAGGAUGGCCAUUGUGCAUCCAUGAGAAGAUCAUAGUGCAACUGGCAUCCCUCCACAAAGCCCGUUUAAAACCAGGAGAUUUUUACUUCCAGAUUGUGCCGGUGAGAAAGCAGUCAGUCAACCUAGUGUUAAAAUGUCUCUCCAGACAUGGGCGAGGAACGGAAGAGCUUGUUGUACCUGAAACCAUGUACGGAUAUAUUUUCACAAUAGAGUUUUUGGAAAAUGUAAGCAGUAAACUGAAUGGCUGUCCUUUGCAGAGCUGCUUGCUGACUACAGGCCCAGCCAUAUAUAGGACACCUUGGAAAAAUAUUGUGAACCCUAUAUUUGUCCCUACAGCUGAAACAAUUCUGCAAACAUAUUCCAAAAGCUCUCUGCUUGAAAAAUUGAUCAGCAGCAGUCCUGAUGCUAAAGCUAUGACACAGACAAUGGAAAGCAGCAGCUCACAUGAGAGUUCGACCUCUAAUGAUACCUGUUCUACCGUGAUAGAGGUACCGCUUGCAGGCAACUGUGGAAACCAAGGUGAUGAUGAUUCUGAUUUAUGUCAUGGCCCUGGGAGCAAGGCUGAAACACAAACCCCAGCACCCCAAGCUGAGCAUGGAACUGUUGAUGAAGCGAAUCCAAGAGCGCUUUCAGUUGCGGAGCAAGCCAUCAAGGAACCAAAAAUGACAUCUGAAUUGACGCCUGAUUUGUUUAAAGAUUCAGCAACUCCUCCACUAGUGAAAAGGAAUGGCCCCAAAAGCAUAUCCUUCAGCACAGACCUGAGCAGCCCAUGUCAAAGAGGGCGGGAUUCUCUGUAUUUUGAAACAAAGCGAUUGUUUAGAAAGUCUUAUAUAGAAGCUUUGCAAAACCCAAUGAGUCUUGGUUCCAGCUCUGAGGAAUCCAUUGCAGAAGACGAACCGUCAGAGCAUGUCAUGGGACAGGUGGAGAAUGAGUGCAGGGUCACUGAAAAAACAUGUGAAAACAAUGUUUGGCAAGAAAGCUGUUGGUCUGAAAGAAUUUCAAAACAGGAGGAAACAAGACAGACAGUUAGAUUUGGGAAUCGUUCCCAGGCCUCUGAAAAAUGGAGUGUACCUCAUGAAACAGCAUGUAGCAGGUCAGGUUCACGAAGAUCACGGUCUUUAGACAGGACGCAUAAGAGCUCACAGAGUGAAGAUUAUAAAUCCAGGGUGCCCUCAGAUGGAGUGUUCAGUGAAAAUCCCCCCAAAAUCAUAAAUGGGCAUUCUCCAAGGUCUGAGAGACUGGAGUCACAUAUUCAUGAAUUCAUUGCUACAAAAAGCAUAGAAGCAUGAAGUAUUUUCUCCAGACCUCGGAGACUCCAGAAUUGAUUUUCGGGAUUACGAGUCUACUGUAAAUUCACCACCUCUGCUGCCUUGCCCUGAGAAUGAGCUG